CUCUUCCCGCGCUCCGAAUCAUUUUAGUGAUUGCAUGCACUCACUGUGACUGUGGCAUACGGUAGACAAUAUACACGGCCCCAAACUGCUCAUGGUCAGGGGGACAUUGAUUACCUCAGGCAGGGCGCCCGACACAGAAGCAUGAGUUGGAUGCAACUCGGGAUAGCUACUUACGCUCGUCUGAGUCGGAUGCGCAAUUCGUCGUCAUCAUUCCGGAGUCCCAGGGCGGACGGACCGCCGAUAACAGGACGGCACUCCGGCGGGCUGCACAAUACUACUAAGCUAUGGUAACGCAUGGUUGAACCGGAAGCAAAGCAGAAGUCGACGAUUCAACGCCAACAUGUGUGCUGCCACAGCCACUACGCCGAGCUCAACGCUCGCUGCUAAGAUGACGUCGUUACCCCGUGUAGUUUUAUGCGAUCCUGUCGUACAUAAGAACGACUGUCAAGCACUCUUUGAAGGCAUCGCAGAAGUCUUGCUUCUAGACCACACUGCGAAUCGCGAUGAUUUCAUCCGCGCCCUUCAGCCCGGAGGCCAGCUGGAAGGCGCAGUGGGUCUCUUCGAGCGUAACCAAUCCAUCGGGCGCAUUGGCCGCUUCGACAAAGAGCUGAUCAGCAAGCUCCCUCUUACUAUCAAGUGGAUCGCGCACAUGGGCGCUGGCUACGACAAAGUCGAUGUCUUCGCCUGUAAGGAGCGCGGCAUCGGCGUCUCGAACACACCCGGAGCGGUUGACGACGCGACGGCGACCACUACGCUCUACUUGCUUAUAUCUGCACUUAGAAGCUUCUCCGCGGCCGAGCGCAGCUUGCGGGCGGGGAACUGGAAGAAAUCCCAUUCCGCCGUAAAUGCGCAUGACCUUACCGGACGCACCGUCGCAAUCCUCGGACUGGGCGGUAUCGGGCUGCGAUUUGCGCAACUCGUUCACGCGUUUCCGAUGCGCGUCCUCUAUCAUAACCGACGGAAGGUCGCGGGUGCGCCGGAGUGGUGUGAAUACUACGACAAGGACCAUCUCGACGAUAUGCUUGCGCAGGCAGAUGUUCUCAGCAUCCAUGUGCCGUUCACAGAGGAGACGCGGAACAUCGUGGACGAGAGGAUGAUCCGCAAGCUGAAGAAGGGCGCGGUGAUUAUCAACACGGCGCGUGGGCAAGUCGUUGACGAGGAGGCGAUGAUGCAAGCUCUCAAGGAUGGUCACCUUUCUGCCGUCGGCCUCGAUGUCUUCUAUAAUGAACCGAAUAUAGACCCGCGCUGGUACGACGUCCCCAACGCCGUCCUACUUCCUCACGUAGGGACAGCCACGGCCGACACCGCUAAGCAGAUGGAGCUGCGUGCUCUCGCGAAUCUACGAGACUUUGUGCUUACGGGGAAGGGGACUGAUCUCGUUCCAGAGUUACAGUAGCUAGAUGCGAGAAGCCCCUGAUGCAGGCAGGGUGUGAAGGCAGGCCGAGGGGUUGUAUGUUUAUGUGCUGGUCCGAUUUUCUCGAUACAUCAACAUCUUGAUGAGAAUGCGCCUGGACACUGUUUUGGCCAACCCGACCUUGUACCGGCCAAACCGAAGCGG